GCGGUGCUAGGAACAGGUGCUGCGUGCGGGUUCCCGCUCCAAAAUCCGUACCGGUCGCCGGCAGCGCGCGGAGCGGUGCGCCGACAGGAAACGGCCGACGCGGUGCGGCUGCGGCGGACGGCAAAGGGCCCGGGCGCGGCAGGUCUCCGGCUCGCUGGACGCGGCUUGCGGGAUGGCCAGCAACGGCGGGUACGAGGUGGCGCGUGACGACAUAGAGCUGGGGGUCAGCCCCGGCCACAGCCGCAGCCUCUGCGUGCUCGGCACGGGCGACUUCGGCCGGGCUCUCGCACAGCGCGCUGUCGCCUCCGGCUACACGGUCACCAUCGGCACCCGCAGCAAGCAAAAGCAGGCUGACAUGAUGAAGCUGAUCGAAGCCACUGGGGCCACCCUGGCGUCCCAGGUGGACGCUAUCGCUGCCGCUGACUUGGUGGUGGUGGCCGUGGCGCGCGAUUUCUACGACUCUCUCCCGCUGCACGUGCUGAAGAACAAGGUGCUGAUCGACGUCAGUAACGGCCCCGUGUCGGGCAAGGCGCUGAGCCUGCGCUCCAACGCGGAGCAUCUGCAGGAGCUGGUGCCGUCGGCCGUCGUCGUCAAAGCCUUCAACGUGGUGUCAGCCUACCUGCUGGAGACAGGAGGAAUCCAGGGCAGCAAGGAGAUCCCGGUCGCGACCGACUCGGAGCGGGCGCGGCACCAGGUGGUGCAGCUGGUGCGCGACAUGGGCUUCACGCCCGUCGACAUGGGGCCGUUGCGGAUGUCACGGGACAUCGAGAAGAUGCCACUGGAGUUCUUCCGCGACUGGAGGGGUGCCUUCGCUGUGGUGGGCGUCCUGUUCCUCAUCGGCUACAUCGCCAACUUCAUCAAGUUUCAGCUGUGCAAAAACAUCACCGUCAACGAGACCUGGGACUGGUCCGUGUUCAAGAAGAUCCUCAUGACGAACUUCAACCGGAACCUCGGCGUGAUAGCGCUGGAGACACUGGGAGCUGUGUAUCUGCCAGGUAUCAUCGCCGGCUUUCUUCAGCUGUAUCGAGGAACAAAGUACAGCCGGUUUCCAGCCUGGCUGGAUCGCUGGCUGCGCAUGCGCAAACAGCUAGGCCUACUAAUGUUGGCAAUGGCAGGAACUCAUGGCUGCAUUUCCCUGGGCAUUUACCACCCGCAUCACCAAUACGACUGGCUGUUUGAAGCACCAAAAACCAUCCGUGCCGAGGUCGAAGUCAACAAGACCUUCUUCGAAACCCAGACUGUCAACAUCUGGUUUCACCACCCGACUUGGAGGGGCGAGCUCUUCCUCACUCUUGGUGCGGUCGCACUCUGUCUGCUCGCCAUUCUGGGCAUUGCAUCGCUGCCGUCGGUGACCGCGCGCCUCACGUGGCGCGAGUUUGCGUUCGUCCAGUCGAAGCUAGGCUGGACGGCUCUGAUGGCCGCCUCCCUGCACGACGCCGUGCUGGGCUGGGAAUUCAUGGUCACCAGCUACAAGUGCUACAUGCCCACCGGCCUACAGUACGCCCUGUACCUGCCGAUCAUUUGCGUGAUCGGGAAGCUGAUUCAGCUGAUCCCGGCUGUGAACCGUCGACUGGUGGAGAUCCGCUCCGGCUGGGUCAGAAAGGCUUCAUCAGAGGCCUAGCGCCGUCUACCGACCGGCUGCAAAUCUGUCCACUCAGCUGUCCACGAACCGUCCACAAAGCCGAGGUCGACCGCUUGUUCAUCGGUCCACAAGCCUUCCACGCAGUCAUCCACCGGUCCCGUUAAGGGCUUAGUGUCACCUGCUGUCCAUCGACCAUCUACAAAAUACCCAUCAUCCAGCGAGCCGUUCAUCCAGACGUUCACAAGUCUGUCACAGAGACCGAGUCAACACGACUGCCACCAUACCAUCAACUCCCGCGCAUCAACUCCGCCAAGGUUGCUCCUUCCACACACAAGUAAAAUCAUUUCAAACUGGACGUCGUGUCCUUGCAAAUUACAAACAGGCUUUCGGCGUGCCCGACAAUCACGCGUGAGACAGACGCGGACAGCAUGGACUCCACAUGUUCAUAUUGUCGUAAUGAAGGCAAAACUGUUUGUGUGACACUUUGACACGGCAAGUGUUUUGUGGGAUAGGAGAACAAAACAAGCAAACAAAACUGAUUCAGCUGAAUGCACGGAGCUGAGUUGGUGAAGUGGAAAGCUUGUGGUUUUGGGUCAAACAAAUAUAUUCGGUGUAUUUCUA